AUGCCUAUACAAUAUAUUGUGAAUGCUCACUACAAAGGAGAAAUUCAGUCAUCUGAUGUUGUUGGGAUUAUUUUUGCAAACACAGAAAUUUGUCGUUUGAAGAUAAGCAGAAAUCCUAAUUUUGGUUACCUGCGGAGUAGGUUGGAAUCAAAGUUGCAAGCUGGUUCGAUUUCACAAAUUAUUUAUCGAAAUGUAAUUUUAUUCGGUAAUGAUAAUGUGAAAUUUGUUCCUCUGAAGGUCCGAGACAAUGAUGAUGUCGAAACAAUGUUUGCGAACCAUGAAAUUACUGGCUUUGAUUACAUUGAUCUCUACAUAAAAUUUCAGAGAGUUGAACAAGAAAAUGCAGCAAUAAUUCCUAAUGAAAAUGUUGAAGAAGACGAUGAUGAAGAAACUGAAGCACAAGUUGAUGAUUUAUUUACCACUUUGUUCGAAACAGAUGCAAUCAAUGAAGAGGAGCAACAAAUUCCAGUUGAAAAUGUGUAUUGUCCACCGCCCCACCUUACAACAUUGCAACUAACUGAAGACCAACCUUCGUUUGCAUGGCCACGGGAUCCCCGUCUUCCGAUGGAAGGUGACAUAACAGUGGGUAACCAGUUUAAAACAAAAGCCGAAUGUGUUCGAGCCAUCUCUAAAUAUCAUAUGAAACAAUGUAUUGAUUUCAAGGAUCAUAGGCAACUUAGCUCUCAGAUAAUGUGUCAACAUUUAAUGCCCCUUGUUGAUAAGGACCCUUCAACUAAGGUGAGCGUAUGUAUUAGUGAGAUUGUGUCUGAAUUCAAAUUUACUCCGUCGUACAAGAAAACAUGGAUUGCAAGGAAUAAGGCUAUCGAACAGGUAUACGGUAACUGGGAGAAUUCAUACAAUGAGCUGCCACACUACUUGUUAGCUCUCAAGAAAUUUGUUCCUGGUAUAGUGGUAGAAAUGAAAACACUUCCCGUAUAUACAGAUGACGGAACUGUUGUCAAUGGAAAACAAAUUUUCCAUCGACUUUUCUGGGCAUUCCAACCAAGCAUUAAAGGGUUUGCAUAUUGCAAACCUAUACUUCAGGUUGAUGGUACCUGGUUAUAUGGUAAGUACAAAGGUACCCUACUAAUGGCGGUAGCUCAAGAUGGAAAUAGUAAUAUCUUUCCAGUUGCUUUUGCUCUCGUGGAGGGGGAGACCGCAGAUGGUUGGGGUUUCUUUCUAAAGAACUUGAGAAUGCAUGUAGCCCCUCAUCUUGGGUUGUGUUUGAUUUCAGACAGGCAUGCAUCAAUUGAAAGUGCUUACAAUAAUCCAGAGAAUGGUUGGCAUGAGCCUCCAUCUGUACAUGUCUAUUGUAUCAGACAUAUCACACAAAAUUUCAUGAGGGAGAUCAAAGACCGUACCCUCCGAAAAAAAGUUAUCAAUAUGGGGUACGCUUUGAACCAACCAACAUUCCACUACUACCGAAAUGAAAUUGGUAUGGCUAAUGGUGAUGCUUUAAGAUGGCUAGACAAUAUUCCAUUGGAAAAGUGGACGAGGGCAUUUGAUGGAGGUCGGCGUUGGGGUCACAUGACAACAAACCUGGUGGAAUCGAUGAACUCGGUAUUCAAAGGGACACGUAAUCUACCUAUUACGGCAUUGGUGCGUGCAACAUACUAUAGGAUGGGAACACUUUUUGCUGAAAGGGGUGCUAAGUGGAGUGCAGUAUUGAGUUCUGGACAAACAUUUACAGAAAGUUGCAUGAAGGUGAUGAAAGAAGAAACGGCAAAAUCCAGCACGCAUCAUGUAAGAAUAUUUGACUAUAACCAUAACACUUUCAGUGUGAAGGAGACAAUGGACCAUGGUGAAGGAAAGCCUAUGGGAGAUUACAAGGUAAACCUAAGAGAUCUUUGGUGUGACUGUGGAAAGUAUCAAGCUUACUGUGUUCCUUGUUCACACGUUAUUGCUGCAUGUUCUGUGGUGCGCCAAGACGCCUAUGCUCUACUGUCCGACGUUUACAGAGUCUCAAACUUAUUCGGUGUUUACAGCACAAGUUUUCCAGUACUACCAUUAGAUGAGUAUUGGCCCUCCUUUGAAGGAGAUCAAAUUUGUCACAACCCAUUGAUGCGAAGGAACAAGAAAGGCCGUCCGGUGAGCUCACGUAUUAGAAAGGAAAUGGACAAGUAUGAUAAGUUAGAGAGAAAAUGUGCGUUGUGUCGUCUUCCUGGUCACAACCGAACGAAUUGUCCAAAUGUUGGAACCAGUAAUGCAUAG